AUGUACUUUAUUGAACGUCGUAGAUUUUUUAAUGGCAAACUGAUUGAUAAAACUGGUCUUAAUUCCGGAUCACGAUGUAUAAUAAGUUGUAAAUUAAAAAAAUAUGAUGAUAAGUAUUAUUUAACUUUGAAAUACAACGAAAGUACAAAUAAAUCAAUGGGUUCAUCAGGAGUAUUAAUUAGUUCUGUAGGCAGUUAUUUUGAUGAAAAAGGUGUUUUAUGUUAUGAUGGAUUUACGAGUGAUUUAAAAAAGAUUUAUGAUCAAGCUCGAUCAAAUGCUCGUAAAGCUAAAUAG